CCCAUUUCUCUAGUCCGUCCCUAUCUACUAAAGAAGCAUCGGUUUCUCUCUCAUUCUCUCUCACCGUCCAUUUUCUUGAGUUUCAGCUGCUACUCACUAAAAAAUUGAAAACACAGUUUUUGAAUAAUAAUAAUAAUAAGAAUAAAACGUUAACUCCCUAAUUUAACGCUCUAGUCUCCAAUCAAAAUCCAAAACCAAAGCUUUCCUCAUAUUCUCUCAUUUAAAGCAAAACCCAUUUCUCCUCUGUUAAGAAAAAAGAAGAGAGCAAUGGCGUCGAAUAUAGGGAUGAUGGACAGUGCGUAUUUUGUCGGAAGGAAUGAGAUAUUAACAUGGAUCAACAAUAGGCUUCAGCUCAAUCUCUCUCGUAUUGAAGAGGCUGCUUCCGGUGCUGUGCAGUGUCAGAUGAUGGACAUGACUUAUCCAGGAGUUGUACCGAUGCACAAGGUGAAUUUUGAUGCAAAGACAGAAUAUGAUAUGAUCCAAAAUUACAAGAUUCUGCAAGAUAUAUUUAACAAGUUAAAAAUUGAGAAGCAUCUUGAAGUUAACAGGCUUGUUAAAGGAAGGCCAUUGGACAACUUGGAAUUCUUACAGUGGCUGAAACGAUACUGUGACUCUGUGAAUGGUGGCAUCAUGAAUGAGAACUAUAACCCAUUGGAACGGAGAAGUAAGGGUGGGAGGGACCGUAACUCUAGGGGUUCUCAGAAGACCACAAAAUCACAGCAAGCAAGCAACAUGCAUAACUCUUCCUCUGGUUACACAGUUGACCUGAACAAAAUGUCUGGGCAAAAGCAAGGGAGGGGAAGUGCUGUGGUAGGUGAGGUAAAUUCUUCGGAGGAGAUUCAAGCUUUGUCCAAGGAGAUUGCAGAUAUGAAGCUCUCAGUGGACCUUUUGGAGAAAGAAAGAGAUUUUUACUUUGCAAAGUUGCGUGAUAUAGAAAUACUAUGCCAGACUCCUGAAUUGGAGGAUCUACCGGUGGUAGUUGCUAUAAAAAAGAUACUGUAUGCUGCUGAUACCAAGGAAUCUGCACUUGAAGAAGCUCAGGAAUACCUAUCUGAAGCUAUCUGUACUGGUGAAACUGAAGUUGAAAGUGAAGUUUGAGUUGAGUUCUGGCCAGCAAUGGAAUCUUGCCUAGGUUGCAUGGCUUUCAGGGCGUUGUCAUAAAGCUUUAGUUUUUUACCAGCAAUGGUAAAUAAGAGUAGUGUUUUCUGUUUAUUAUGUGUUCCUGGGUUUUUGUGAAUUUAAUUGGCGACUAAUCUAUCAAAGUUAAAGGGAAGCUGCCGUUGCUCCCUUCUUCUGCA